GCCGAUGCGAAUCUGACCAACGCGGAUGAAUCGGCGCAAUUGAAAAAGCUUAAAUAAUCGAAAAAUUAAGCUCGACCGUUUCAGCAAGGAAAAUCCCAUUAUCAGAUACAGAAAUAAAAAUAAAACUGUUGGGAUGCAUCAUCGACAACUACGGCAAAGAUCCACGUGAUAUGUCCCUCGAUCACAACCAGACACAGAUAAUGUCUUGUUAUUACGCUUGCGAGAUGGAAGUCGCUGGAUUGAUUUACGAUGAUGGCUCGUUGAAUGUGCAGCUUCUCGAGGAAAAGAAAAUUGAAAAUACGAAUUAUCCCUUUGUGGAGGUUUUUACUGAAACUUACUAUCAAUGCAGAAAAGAUUACCCCGAUCGCUGCGACUGGGAAUUAUGCUUCGAAAAAAGAAUGCCACCACCACCACCGAUAAAGAAUAUGAAAACUUGGGGAGGCUUAACAUCCACAAUAUUGGUUAACGAAUAUAGUUCACUGAGGAAGAUAAAUUAG